UUUGCUUUUUGUUUACUUUUAUUUGGGUUUGGCUCGUUUUUUCAUUAUCUGGACCCAAGCUUUUGCUUCUUUUUGGAUUCGUUGAUUGAGGCUUCGCGAUAACACUUGAAAACCCCAAAUUCAUUUAUUGCACAAUCUUUCGUCCACUACAAGCGACCCCCAGGUCAAAUGCGAUCGCAACGCGCCGUGCUGCUGGCGGCACUCGCCCUGGCCUUGACGGUCGCGGAUGUUCAGGCUCUGGGCACGCUCACGAUGAGGUUUGGGUCGAUUACCGGAAGAGGGAACUGCGACUCGUCCAUCUUUGCCAACUAUCCGAAGUGCGACUACAAGAUUGAUACGCUCUACUUUUACAACAACAACAAUGCGCAGACGGAAAAGACAGGGUCUUUCUCUGCUGGUGAAAUUGAGAAUAACGACAACCCGUCCUACAGUUAUACCUUCAGUUCCAUUACCAUCGGAAACAACUUUGGGGGUACAAUUGGCCUCUACAUGACUCUGAGGGACGUUGAUACCACCACGGACGACAUGGGGUCGGCAUCGACGACUUUCACCAUUUCCCCUCAGCCAACCUUCACCUCCGUAAACAUCCCAAACCCUGCUAACGCAUGGCCGUAUGUCAACUAUAUUACUGUUCAGUACACGUUUACGUGCCAAGCAAACUACUACGGACAAUACUGCGUCAUUAAUUGCGUCGUCAAUUCUGGCGGCUGCACAUCCUGCGGAUCCACUGGAUGCCUUUCCUGCCUCACUGGCUACACUCUUAACGGUGGGUACUGCAACCUUGUCGACAAUUGGUGCACUGCCCCGGCAAUCUCGAAUGGUAUCCGAACUUGCCCCAAUACAGUGGGAAGCUCAUGCACCACGACAUGCAAUCUCGGGUACACCUUGGCCCCGAACACCUAUCCGGUGGCCACGUGUCAGUCAAAUCGAGCUUACAAUAUACCAGUCGGCACGUGUAUCUGGAAUGUCAACUUUUGCCCGCCUCUGUCGCUUCCCAACGGCACAAUCACACUCUCGGACUCGCGAGCGAUCUCAAGUGUGGCCAUGUUUGACUGCGCCCCCGGAUUUGCCCUUUCUGAUCCGUCAGUGACGGCGCAGUGCCAGGCAAACCAACAAUGGGAUCAAGCCGCUCCAACUUGCGUCGACAAGUGCAUCAUUUCGACAAGCGUUGGGGGUGGUGUUCGCCCGGCGUGCAACAACACCUUUGGCGGUGGCGUUUGCACCACGAGCUGCAAUGUUGGCUAUGUGCUCCGCGCCGGCACUGCAGCCUCCACCACGUGCCAAGCCAACGGCUACUGGUCGGCCGGCAACCCUGGCGUCUGUGAUCUCAACCUCAACUACUGCACGACGCCGCUGGUCGCCCCGGUCAACGGCUCUUUCAGCUGCAACAGCUCAUCCUCCAUCUAUUCACGAUGCAGUUACAGCUGCAACACUGGUUACACGCUGUCAAGCUCGGCCAGCUCGACUUGUAAUGUGUUGGGCACUUGGGAGGGCACUCCGCCAACUUGCAUCUGGAACAACUCUUUCUGCCCCACGCUCAAUCUGCCAUCGGGCUCUGUUGCUUAUACCGCCGUCCAGUCCUUCCAAAGUGUCGCCACCUUCUCUUGCAACGCGAAUUAUGCCAACUUGGACCCGUCUCGCACUGCAGUCUGCCGCUCCGAUUCAACCUGGUCGACCACUCCCCCAACCUGCACCAACACCUGCACCAUUCCGUCGGUGUCGGUUGGUGGUGGCUCUCGCACGUGUCCAGGAACGACAACCACAGUGUGCACCACCACCUGCAACACUGGCUAUGUCAUCCGACCAGGCACCGCGGCCAGCACAACCUGCCUCGCCUCGAAUGCAACCUGGUCCGCUGGCGACCCGGGUGUGUGCGACCUCAACACGGCCCACUGCUCGCCGCUUUUGGUGAACAAUGGUGUUUUGACGUACACCAACUCUCAAGCGUACCAGAGCGUGGCCAAUGUGACUUGCAACGUCGGGUACAACAACUCCAACCCCUCGCUCACCACCACCUGCCAAGCAGCCCAGACGUGGUCGACUGCGCUGCAGAACUGCACUCUGAUUCCAAACUUUUGCGCAGUCCUGCCGCCGCUGCUCAAUGGGUCUGUCGCGUACUCGAGCGGGCAGUCGCUCCAAAGUGUGGCCACCUUCAGCUGCAAGACGGGUUUCGUCGCGUCUGGUCCUUUGACGGCAACGUGCCAGUCCAGCCAGACUUGGAGUGAUGUUUCGCCCACCUGCGAACUGUCGCUCACUUUUUGCCCAACGCUGUCACUGGAUCAAGGAACAGUCGCAUACUCCAACAGCCAGGCCUUCCAGAGCUCGGCUACCUUCGCUUGCACGUCCCCUGGGUACGUUCUUUCCAACACUUCAGCAGCCGUCUGCCGUGCUGACGGUACGUGGUCCCCGACACCCACAUGCAUCUCGUCGUGCAUCAUUCCAGACGUUGGCGGUGGCGUGCGCUCGUCUUGUGAUCCCACUUUUGGAACGGGCAAUUGCUCGACUGUGUGCAAUUCCGGCUACAUCCUCCGUGCGGGGACGGUGGCCUUUGCCGCGUGCCAGGCGACCGGUGCUUGGUCUCCAUCUGCACCCGGUGUCUGCGACUUGAAUCCGAACUACUGCUCGACAAAGACGGCGCCGUCUGGUGGUCUCAUGAGCUGCACAAACGCCUUCACGCUGGGAUCGGUCUGCACAUUCUCGUGCUUGAAUGUCGGCUACACGUUUUCGGGAUCAAACAGUUUCACAUGCACGGAGGUCAAUCAAGCAACUGGCGCAUGGACUGGCGGUUCUGCGCCCAUGUGCACGCGGAACACUGCACUGUGUUCGCCACUCAGCCUCCCCAAUGGUAGCGUCACGUACAGCGACUCUCAGGCCUAUCAAAGCGUUGCAAGCUUCCAGUGCGACGCAAACUUUUUCAACCCAACUCCGUACACCCUUUCUUGCGUCAAUACAGACACUUGGAAUGGCACCGCCCCGACAUGCGUGAACGCGUGCACCAUUCCCUCGACAAGUGUCGGUGGUGGUAGUCGUACGAGCUGCACUGCUGCGUUCAACUCCGUGUGCUCUACCGUCUGCGAUACUGGCUACAUGAUUCGCAUCGGAACUGCAGCAACAACAACAUGCCGGGCCAACGCGACUUGGUCGAGUGGCGAUCCGGGCGUGUGUGACCAGGAUGCCAACUACUGUCCACCGCUCCUGAUUGCCAACGGUGCAUCGAGUCACUCGGCCGGCUUGACCUUCCAAAGCACUGCGACCGUGGCAUGCAACGUUGGGUAUCGCAACACGACAGCCGUGUUUUCUUCUACCUGUCAAUCCGAUCGUCAGUGGUCAGCAGUGACCAACUGCACUGCCAUUCCAAACUUUUGCCCGGGGUGGGUUAUCUGGUUUGGGAAUGCGAGCUACUCGAAUGGACGCCAGCUGGGCAGUGUCGCAUCGUUUUCGUGCAAUCCCGGGUAUUCGAGCCCGACUGUGUCCGUCACAGCUACCUGCCAAGCGAGUGGCACCUGGUCGAACUCGGGGCCAACCUGUGAAGCAAUUCCAAAUUACUGCAGCACGUUGCGUCUCAACCAAGGAACUGUCACUUUCUCCGUUGGGCAGCAGGUCUCGAGCUUGGCAACGUUUGCCUGCAAACCCGGCUUCCAGAACACAAACCCGUCCCUCAACCUGACUUGCCAGACAGAUGCGACUUGGUCAGGGACAAUGCCACUUUGCCUCGCCAAGCCAGACUGGUGCCCGUCUAUGGAUGUGACUGCAGGCACCGUGGCUUACACGCAGGGUCGGAAAUACCAAAGCCAAGCGAGCGUGACCUGCUCUGUCGGUUACUCGCUCAGCGGGCCAAGUGUCGCGACCUGCCUUGCCAACGCAACGUGGUCGGCUGCUCUGACGUGUAACAUCAUCCUGAACUUUUGUCCACUCGUCAACACCGACUCUGGCGUCAUGGUCUCUUACUCACAGAGCCAAGCUUAUGGCAGCGUCGCCUCGUUUACCUGUCCGUUUGCAUACUUGCCCCCGAGCUACGCGAGUGUGUCGUGCGAGGCCAAUCAAGCGUGGUCUGCGUCUCCGCCGAGCUGCACCAAAGAUCCGAACUGGUGCCCAACACUCGACCGUCCGACGAACGGACAAGUUAGCUGUUCGGCACAAAGCUCACUGUCAUCGGUGUGCUCCUUCUCUUGCGAUGGUGGGUUUUUGCUCAAUGGAACCACCGGGACGACCUGCAUGACGGGAAAGUCUUGGUCUGUCGCGUCUCCGGUUUGCGACGUUGAUCCUACGUCGUGCUCAGCGCUAAACCCAAUGCACGCAACGUUAACGACAUGCUCUCGAUUGAUUAAUGGCACGUGCACCAUGUUCUGCAAUGAGGGCUACGCUCAAGUCAGCGGCGACAGCACUCGCAAGUGCAUCAUGACCGAAUCUGGUCCCGUCUGGCAAGGAGAGUUGCUCAACUGUGUGACGAUUGCAAAUUACUGUCCGUCUGCGGGGUUGCUGCAUGGCUCUGUCUCCUCAACUGCUCGAGACGUGGACGCUCUCUUGCAGUUCGAUUGCAGCCAGGGCUACGAGCUCCACGGUGCUUCGAGUAGCGUUUGCACCACUAAAACGAGUUCGGAGGGCGAGUGGCUUCCUCCGCUGCCCAUCUGCCAGUUGGUGCCGACUUCGAGCGACACUCCGGAUGCUGACGGUGCCUCUGGCGGCUCGGUGGCUCCCAUUGCUGCCGGCGCUGGCGCUGGUGGAGCCGUCCUGCUCAUUUUGCUGCUCGUGCUUCUUCUCGUCCGCCGUCGGCGCGCUCGGCAGCAGCAGCAGGCUGAUGGUGCAGAAAAGCUCGCCAAUCUGGAGAGCAUUCGAUCUGCCAGCUUCCCAAUGCAACCCUUGCCCAAUGAUUUGUAUGCCGCACCCGGGCGGCCAUCCCUUGUGUCGCAGCGAUCACAGCAAUCGCUUGGUGCACAGUAUGCGUCUCAGCCAGCCGGUCCAGGCCUCUACGAGCAGUCCUUUGGGCAGUAUGCGACGCGGCCUGCCGCCAGCCAAGGGCACUACGAGCCAGUUGCCGCCAGAGUCGACGAGGACAUUUAUGCCGAGUAUUCAGAGAUGCCGGACGACUCGUGCAUGUGCUACGAAGAGACCUCGAGUUUGCAUUCGAUGCGCUCUGUCCUGCGUCUGGGUGAUGUUCUCGGAUCCGGCGAGUUUGGAAUGGUCCAACUGGGCAGCAUUCCGGCGCUUGAUGUGCCUCGAAUUGGGCGCGCGCUCCUCCAGCCAAACCAAGCGGCGCUAAUGGUAGCUGUGAAACUUCUCAAGGAGAAUGCGGAUGAUAAAUCGCGUCGCGACUUUUUGGCCGAGGCCGAAAUGAUGUCCCGCUUCCGCCAUCCAAACGUUGUGCUUGCCAUCGCCGCCUUGGUCGAAACAUCGCCCAACAUGCUCGUGCUCGAGUACAUUCCGUACGGUGACUUGCGUGGCCUUCUCGUCAAGUCCGCAUCCCUCAACUGCUUGUGGUCGGGCGCGGAAUUCGCCCGCGUGCUUUCCCAGGUGGCGGCCGGCAUGGCGUACCUCGGCACGCUUCGUUUUGUGCACCGUGAUCUUGCUGCACGCAACUGCUUGGUGGGCUACAACCUCGCGGUCAAGAUUUCCGACUUUGGUCUCUCGCACACUCUCUCCGAAGAAUCAGAGUACUAUCGCAUGCAGACUCGAGGCAAGCUUCCUUUGAAGUGGAUGGCCAUUGAAUCCAUCCUGUUCCGCAAAUUCUCCGUCCUGUCCGAUGUUUGGAGCUUUGGCGUGCUCGCUUGGGAGGUGUACAGCUAUGGUGCUGGGCCGUAUGGUGCGAUCACUGGCGCAGAGUUGGUCCAGUUCCUUGAACAAGGCAAUCGGUUGCCGCAGCCGCCCACUUGCUCGGCGGAUGUAUAUUCCCUCGUGACGCAGUGCUGGUCCUACGAGCCGAACGAGCGACCCAACUUUAACAUGCUUCACGACUUUUUCGCCGGUCAACACGGAAACGCUCCGACUCGCGAUAUUGGCGCUCUGGUGGCUGGUGCGGCCAAGACUGUCAGCUAUGCAUGAGGGCUCUCGGCAUAGUCGUCUGACAUGCAGCUGUUUUUGGAUUACCAAGCGGGCCUUGGGAUGGGCGCGAUUUCUUUCCAAUGGGUGAUUUUGUUUGGUUUUUUUUUCCGCCACAUUGGUUUCUGUUUCGUUGCGAUUGAAUGUUCGUUUCGUUUUUGUUUUUUUCAUGUUCAUUCUCUUUCUCUAUUCCCCUCUGUUGCUUGCCAUCGUGCGAUGCCUUCUCUUGGCGACGCUUUUUCAAAUAGAAGUAGUUCAUGUA